CAAUGACGUAGCAAAUUUGAUAUAUAUAUGUAUGAUUAUACUUGAUCAUUAUGAAGUCAAGAUUACGAUAGAAUUAUUGGACUGUUCAAUAUUGCAAGUUGUACAAAAAUGCAAUAUGGUAUAUAUUUCCAAUAGGAAACUUAUGUGCUACACUAUAUAAACAGCUACUUGUGUGGAUUGUUCUUAUGUAACAAAGUAUCUGAUUCAAAUUUGUAGUCAUUUAUAUUUUUAACUUGUUACAAUUAUUUUACAUUAUAUUAAGGAGUGAAAAGAUCAAAUUAUAUAUAUUUGGCUUUUCCUGUGAUAAAGCUUCUACAAUAUAAAUUUGCAAUAGACAGAUUUUCUACAUUCCAAAAUAUGGAGUUUCCAAAUUUAGGAGAACAUUGCUCAGAGCAAACUUGCAAUCGUUUAGAUUUUUUACCUCUAAAAUGCGAUGCUUGUGAAGCUAUAUUUUGUACAGAUCAUAUAUCAUAUAUAAAUCAUUCCUGUCCUAGUGCUUAUAAAAAAGAUAUUCAGGUACCAGUGUGCCCAUUGUGUAAUACACCAAUACCACAAAAACGAGGAGAUCCUCCAGACUUGGCUGUGAGCAUGCAUAUAGACAAUGAUUGUCAAUCAGAUAUUAGAAAAGAUCGUAGAAAAAUAUUUUCGAAUAAGUGUUCAUCAAAAGGAUGCAAAGUAAAAGAAAUAGUGCAGGUUAAAUGCAAUGACUGUGGCAAUAAUUUUUGUUUGAAGCAUAGACAUCCCAGCGAUCAUGCAUGUAUUGGCAAAGAAGAGGCAAUUAAACUUAAAAGAUUGAGUGCCCUGAAUAAACACUCUGUGGUCUCCCAGAAUGACAAUCACAAUAAUUCUAUUGUAUUCCAAAAUCUUCAAGGCACCAUGAGCGAAGAUGAAGCUUUAGCUAGAGCAUUACAAGCUUCCUUGCAAGAUGAAGGAAGAAAUAAGCGGCAAGGGUUACAGCCAGUGCCUUCUGCGCAUAGAAACAGAUGCAGACUUUCUUAAUUGCAAUGCACUCUUAUCAAUUUUAUGCAUUUUUAGAUAAAAUACUGCUGUUUAAACCUUCAUUAAAAGGUGAAUAUAUCUUUCCAGCUUUUAUUAAAUUCUAUUAAUAAUUAUAUUUCAUAAAUAAGAUUUUAUACCUUUUCAUAUAACAUUUAAUAUUUCUUGAUUACACAUAAAAAUAUGCAUAUUACAAUUAUGAUAAUUUUGUUCACAUUUUUGACUAGCACAGCAGCACUAGAUAAACUAAUAAUAAUCCAUUUCUUAUAUAUAUAUAUAAAUUAUUUUUUCCUUGCAAAGUAGAAUGUCUCCUAGAUCCCAUAAUUAAAGUAAUUUCACAUUUAUUUAAGCAAAGAUUUAUUUAAGUCUAAAGUGCUUUUUAUAAAUAAUGUGUUCAUUUUUAAAUUUUAUCUAAUACUUUAUAUCUGGAGUACCCAUUAAUGUAUAUUUUUGCACAUAUGAAUGUAACAUUAACUUUGAUAAUUAUAUAUAAUACAGAUUUUACAUUUUCAUAAGCUUUGAGAGACAAAAAUUUUGAAAUUGUAUGUUAUUAGAUAUGUCAGUAUCCAGUGCCUUAAUAGAUUGAGUGCAUGUAUAAGAAAAUGGGCAUGAAUGUAUAUAUAUAUACAUAUAUUCGUAUAAAAAUUAUUAUAAUAUAAAAAUAAAUGUAUAUAAAAUGAAAAAUUAAGUUAUUUCUUUUUCAGAGUACAUUUCUACUGUCUCUUACAUACAAUAUUUCAAUAAUUAAAUAGAUGUACCCAUUUUCUACAAUUUACGCACAUUAGAAUAUGAACAAUUUUUAUGCGAAAAUACUAUUUAAUUAAAUAUCUUUAAGUAAUAUGCAUAUUCAAAUAUCAUAAAUUUUAAAUAUUUUAUAUAUAGCACGAAUGUUUCAUUAUUUAUGGUAUUUAAAAUGUUAAUUAUAAAUUUAGUUUAAAUUUGUAUAUUUAAGAAAGAAAAAAGAAUAUGUCAAUAAUACCCAUAAAUUUUACAACCUUAUUAUUAGUCAUAUCUUUAUUUUAUAUAAAAUCUGUAUUUCUAAAAUUAUAUACUGUGAUCAUAUCAACGACAUUUUCAUAUUUUUAAUUGAUUGAUAACAAGAAUUAUAAAUAAAUGAUAAACACUUCCUAGUAUUCUGUUAUAGCAUACAGGUGCAAUUUCCUUCAUAAUUUUUAAAUAUACACUUAAAACUUUAUUUAUAUAAUUAUAAGAUGUAUAAAUCAUAUAUUAGUUUUUAUAGAAACAAAAUCAUGAUAUUAUAUAACUAUUCUCUUGAAAUAUGAAGUUCCUAAUAAUUAAGGAAUCAAUAUGAAUGUGAAAAUAAUGUUGACUACACAAAUGUUCUCAUCUUAAUAUAAAUGCUCAAAAUAUUUGACUUUACAAAUAUUUUAUAUUUAUUAAAGUUAUGGAUGCUAUUAAAUAGAACAAUAUCAAAUUACAUUUGUAAUAUAUAAUAUUUAAAUUAUAACCUCAGAAUUUGUAGUAAAAUUAGUAAAAUUAAAGUUGUUUUAAAUAAUAUAUUUUUCUUAUUUUAAUUUUUUUUUUGUAAUAAAAUAAUUUAUAUUACCGCUUUGAGUGUAUUAUUAAUAUAUUUAUAUGUUACAAUAGUAAAGUAUUUAUAAAAAAAACAUUUUAUUAAUUAUAGAAUAUUAAUUUUAUUAAGUGUCUAAUAGCAAUAUGUACAAUUAUUGUUUUAUUCCAAAUUAAUAAUUAUUAAAGUUAAUAUCAAAGUUAAAUAAAGAAAAAUAUCUUAUGUUA